UUUUCUUUCCUUUUCCAUGUUCCAUUUUCCGACGCCAUGAUUCUAACCUAGUUUAUUUCAUGAUGUUGAAAUAUAAUAAAAUUUAAGCUCGGUAACUUUUUUUUUUGGCGUGUGAAGUCUGUUGACUUAUAGAGUAAUAAUGGGUGGUCGUAAACCAUGUUGUGAUGAGGUUGGACUGAGAAAGGGGCCAUGGACGGCGGACGAAGAUGGGAAACUAGUUGAUUUCUUAAGAACACGUGGAGCAAGCGGCGGAUGGUGCUGGAGAGAUGUGCCAAAGCUGGCGGGGCUAAAGAGGUGCGGCAAAAGUUGCCGUCUCCGGUGGACUAAUUAUCUGCGGCCAGAUCUCAAGAGAGGUCUUUUUAGUGAAGAGGAAAUUCAACUAGUCAUUGAUCUUCAUGCGCAACUUGGCAAUAGAUGGUCGAAGAUUGCAGCAGAACUACCGGGAAGAACAGACAACGAUAUAAAAAAUUAUUGGAACACUCAUAUAAAGAGGAAGCUCAUAAGAAUGGGUAUUGAUCCAAACACACAUAGUCCGUUUGACCAACAGAAAGUCAAGCACGAGAAGGAGGAGACGACAUUGGUCAACGGUCAAGACCCUCCGCACCAGGCAGAGGCACCAGUGGGUUUGCAGAAUGAUACGUCAGCAGGAAAUCUAACCCACUUGGCUGACGUUGACGGUGACAAUAUUCAACCGUGGAGCUUUUUAAUGGAGAACAACGGAGGAGGAUGUUCCUCGGUGGGAGAGCUGACGAUGCUGUUGUCCGGAGACAUUACGUCAUCAUGUUCGUCUUCGUCAUCGUUGUGGUUGAAGUAUGGAGAGUUGGGAUACGAAGAUUUAGAACUUGGAUGUUUCGACGACUAGGGAGAGGGUAAAUAAAAUACAUGUUUGGUGAGAUUUAUAUAUGCCGUAGGUUAUAUAUGGCUCACUUUACUUCACUCUAUACUAUACCCAUGUUGUUGGACCAAUCUAACGAAUAGUAUUUUGUAUUUUCUGAUCAAUAAUAAAACGUUCUCAACACUUUC